GCACCAGAGAUCGGGAGAGCGCCACUCAAUUGAAACAGUGCGUCCAUACUCGCGUGUAGCGGAGAAAUUACCGUUAGAUCAUAGUAGACCACCAUCCGAUCGGGUCAAUACUAGUCGCCUGGCGUCGCCGAGCAGUACACUCCAAGUGCUGUUAGUAUAGUAUCUAUCAGCUCCUCGUAUAGUUUCUUACUGGAAGAGAGGCUGAAAAUAGUCAUCAAUAACCAUGGAAACGACGAAUGAGCCAACUAAUAAUAACAUCGCCGUCUUGAAUUGGAUAGACAUUGUGGUGAUCGUUGCCUAUUUCGUCUUCGUCAUGUUAGUCGGAGUAUGGGCAUCCUUCCAAUCUAGUCGUGCAACGCUCAAGGGCUACUUCUUGGCUGGUAAGAACAUGCUGUGGUGGCCGAUUGGUGCAUCCUUAUUCUCGAGUAACAUCGGCUCUGGUCACUUCAUUGGUCUGGCGGGGUCCGGAGCAGCAGGAGGAAUUGCCGUGGGCGCCUUCGAGUUCAAUGCUAUGUUCAUUCUCCUGCUCUUGGGUUGGAUCUUCCUUCCGGUUUAUAUGUCUGCCGGCGUAUAUACAAUGCCCGAGUACCUGAGGAAGCGAUUCGGUGGUCAGAGAGUGAGGGUCUAUCUCGCUGUUCUUGCUCUCAUCCUCUCCAUCGUCACCAAAAUAUCGGUGGAUCUGUUUGCUGGAGCUUUGUUUGUCCAGCAGUCCCUCGGAUGGGAUCUCUAUCUCUCCAUCAUCAUCCUCCUGGCCAUCACGGCAGUCUAUACAGUCGUUGGCGGUCUCUCUGCUGUUAUUUACACUGAUGCCCUGCAGACGGCCAUUAUGUUGAUUGGAGCUUUGGUGCUCAUGAUUCUUUGUUUUAUCGAGGUACCGUACAACGAGCUGUACAUCGCCUACUUCCAGGCCAUUCCCAACACCACGUUGAACAAUCCUAAUGCCACCUGCGGCUAUCCACGAGAAGAUGCCUUCCACAUCUUCCGCGAUCCGCUAACGGCUGAUCUUCCUUGGCCUGGAAUGAUCUUUGGUAUCACCAUCUCUUCCAUCUGGUAUUGGUGUACAGAUCAGGUGAUCGUCCAGCGAGCCCUUGCCGCCAAGACCCUCUCUCACGCCAAGGGUGGAUGUGUCAUGGCCGCUUUCCUCAAGGUCUUACCCAUGUUCAUCAUUGUAUUCCCCGGUAUGGUUUCCAGGACUCUCUACCCUAACGAAGUGGCGUGCGCCGAUCCUGCCGAAUGUCUUCGCAUCUGCCAGAGUGAAACAGCUUGCACCAACGUUGCAUACCCCAAACUUGUGGUGAACAUCAUGCCCACUGGUGCUCGUGGUCUGAUGCUGGCCGUGAUCAUGAGUGCGCUGAUGAGCUCCUUGACGUCGAUCUUCAACAGCAGUUCUACCAUCUUCACCAUCGAUAUAUGGCGCCGAAUCAGACCCAACUCAAGCGAGACUGAGCUUAUGAUUGUAGGACGUAUCUUCAUUCUGAUCAUGGUUGGUAUAAGUAUCCUGUGGAUUCCCAUUAUUCAGGCCUCGCAGGGAGGACGUCUCUUCGACUACAUCCAGGCCGUCACCAGCUAUCUGGCUCCUCCUAUAUGCGCUGUGUUCCUCAUGGCUAUCAUAUGGGAACGUGUCAAUGAAAAGGGAGCCUUCUGGGGUCUGAUGGCCGGUUUGGUGGUUGGUCUCGUUCGUAUGAUCCUCGACUUUGCCUUCCCUUCCCCAGCAUGCGGUGAUGAGGACGACCGGCCUGCCGUGAUCGCCAACAUGCACUACCUCUACUUCGGCAUGUUCCUCUUCGUCUUCGUGUGUCUCUUCACCGCCGCCGUCAGCCUUCUCACCACGCCCAUCCCAUCAAAAUAUCUCGUUCAUCUGACGUGGGCGACACGUCAUAGCACUCUAGAGCGCCAGGACCUGUCUAUCUCCGAGGUCCAAGAACUAAAAGAAAAGGUUCUUGAUGAACCAGAAGACGAAGAGGAGGAGGUGAAAUUCAGCCGCAAGGUGAUCGACUGGAUGUGCGGUACGGGAAAGCAGCCCGAGAUGACCGCGGAACAGGAGGCCGAGCAGUUGGCGAGAAUGACGAACAUCGAGGAAACCAAGAGGGACAAGAUGAUCCUCAACAUUUCAGCAAUCCUAGCCAUGGGUGUCAGUGUCUUCUUUUGGGCUUAUUACGGCUAAAAAACAACAAAUAUGUCCCCCUUUUGUAUUUAAAAAAAAAUUCAUUGUCAUUGUUGCAGGCAAAGUUUUGAUCUAAGAGCUUUUCAUUUGAAUGCACAGAAAAUUCGUUUCGAACAAUUCUGCCUUAAAUGUGAUAAUCUAAUUUGUUAGGAAGUCUAAUUUGCAAAAAUAUCGAUGUGGCUCCCCCCCCCCCCCCUCCCCCCGUCUUUGAUUUCUGUUUAAAAAAAAGGUCCAAUGCAAUCCGGAAAUUGAUAGAGCGUCAAUUAUAGUUGCCUAAUCAAAGGCGCCAAAAGGUGAUACAUCUUCACCAUGCCUUUCCGUUUCAAUCUUGUCUACUGAAUGGAUAUUUAGAUGACCAGUUACAUAAAUCAUUACACUUGCUCUCAUUACUGAACGUUAAAUCCUUGUCUAUAUUGGGUUUACUAGAAUGCUUCGAUAUAUUCAAAGUUUCGGAAUGAAUUUUUCUUUAAAAAGUCAGUUGGACCUGUCCAUAAUACCCCACAUUUGCAUUCAAGGUGAGAAAAAAUGUAGGCUUUUAUAACAAAAUUGUGAGUAAAACCUCAGGCAUGAAUGCGUACAGUAAACUAGUUGAACAAAAUUAAAGAUGCAAGCAAUUUAUAUACAUGUAUUUUUUAAUUGUUCGAGUCGACAAAAUGAAUGCACGUAGUUUGAAGAAAAAGAAUCCAUCUAUUACAUGAUUACAAGACUAAUGAACUAAUAACGUUAUUUCUGCAGACAUUAAGUCAUUAAGGUUCGGAAGGCCGUUAACUCAUCACCUUGUAGGGGUUUUGCUAAUGCUUCUCGUCAACAGACGCUUUAUUAGUUUUCAAUUAGUUCGUUCAUCCAGUAGUUAUAUUGUGUACAGUCCCCAGAAAACCUUUCAAAAUAUGUUAAAUGUUUUAAAAGCCACAACUCCGUUUGCUGUACUGUGUAUAUGUUUUUUAAUAUACUUAUUAUGAGUUUUUCGUGGAUACAUGUCAUUUCAACUGUUUACUGGUACAAUGUUUUCAGUUUUUGUUCAGCUCAAGUUUCUUAAUGAUACAAACAAUCAGUUAAUUUCUGGCAGUUUACAAAAAAUGAAAACAAACAAUUACGAUUGUGGAAAGCUCUAUUUAAAUUCCUGUCAUGGUAAUUAUACUGUAUUGUAUACUUUCCGAAUUCAGUGAUUGACGGAUAGGAUUAGGGAACUCUCUUUAACCUCUGUGCCUUAAUUUAUUGUAUUAUACUGAAACUUUUCUCAAGUGAAUGUGUAAGAUUUUCCGUCUCUAUUUUGAAUAUUUUGAAGGGAAUCAUUUAUUCGACGGGAUUAAAAUGAGAACGAUUCGUUUCAGGCAGUACUCGCUGUACAAGAAGGAUCUAAAAAUGUAUAUUAAGGGGUUUAAAAGUGGUAUCUGUGUAAAUAUUCACCUUUGCAGUGAGGGGUAUGCAUCGAAAUUUGCAGUCAGUUUGUAAUUAACAUUUUCAAAGCGGAACAUAAUUUCUGCAUGUUUUUUUGUGGGAGGGGGGGGGGGGGUGUCAAUAUGAAAAGAGUGUUAAAAGAAAAUUGUCCAUGAAUCACCACAAUAAAGAGAAGUGUACUAUGUCUUUUCUUGAUGAAAAACCGUUUCGAAAGUGAGAAAAAAAAAUUUGUACUUGUAGAGUAGGAUACGUUAACAUACGCAAGUACAAUCCUCUCUCUCACUCUCUUCCCCCCUUCUCUCUCUAUCUGCAAGUCUUUAACUUUUUUAUUGUCAUGUUUUUUACACAUCUUUGUUAACUUUGAAUGCACAUGUAAUAGGAAUAGAAAGUUUUAAGAAUCUUUGCAAUGUACAGAUUGAAAAUGUAUAUUUUUGAAAAAAGAGAAGUCUAUAUGAUUAUUUAUCAUCAUGAUCAUUGAACAUAAUUAUAUACCUCUUGAUAUCUUUGAAUCAUAAUAAUGCGUGAUUUUGUUUAUGUAUAGAUUAUAGAUCAUUUCAAAAAGGUUUAAUAGCUUGAUGUUGAGGAACAGAAGUAUGAGAGAUGCACUCUCCCUGGGUUAAUAUUACGAGGUGCUUGGAUAGGUCAUGUUUCGGUUUAAAAAGUUUAAUUUUUUUUUCUUCUUCUUUCAGAGGUUAUUUUUAAUGGGGUCAUGUGAUCAAUCAACUUGGUUUUACUCUGAACUACUCUCUGAAAUAGAAAUGAACAGGAGUGGAAAUCCGCUCUCUGGUGAGUCAUAUUAUAUGUGGGAUAAUCUCGUUUGGAGAGUGGAAUCUACGCUCAAAAAGAGUGGAUGGAAUUCACAACUUUGGAGCCGACUCCACAUGAUCUCAAGUGGAUUCAAACUCAAAGGAGUGAUCCUAACAUGACUAAUAAAGAAGUGAAUUGCUACUCCUCUGCAUUACCAGAGUAAUGAACUAAGAGUUUAAAUAAGAGUACUGGGUGACACUAAGUUGAUCUUGCAUAACGUGAUUAGGAAAAAGAUCAGUGUGAAUUUCAACAUGCUUGCGGCCAGUUGAUUGUAUUGUAAUAGUGUACAAAUGAUUAUAAUGUUUGUUGAAUAAAGUCGAUGAUGAUUGAAUUUUACUGAAAUGCA